UGGGCAACAAGAGGGAAACUCUGUCUCAACAAAAUAAAUAAAUAAAAAUAAGCCUGUGCCUCUUGAAUCCAUUCUUUGACAGGGGGCCAUGUGGACACAUCCCUGUUCCAAGUGGCCCACUUUAAAGAGGAGGGGAUGCUCCUGGAGAAGCCAGCCAGGGUGGAGCUGCAUCACAUAGUUCUGGAAAACCCCAGCUUCUCCCCCUUGGGAGUCCUCCUGAAAGUGAUCCAUAGUAUCCUGCACUUCUUUCCCGUCAACUCCCUGGUGUUGCUUUACCACCGCCUCCAUCCUGAGGAAGUCACUUUCCACCUCUACCUGAUCCCAAGUGACUGCUCCAUUCGGAAGGCCAUAGAUGAUGAAGAAACGAAAUUCCAGUUUGUGCGAAUCCACAAGCCACCCCCGCUGACCCCACUUUAUAUGGGCUGUCGUUACACCGUGUCUGGGUCUGGUUCAGGGAUGCUGGAGAUACUCCCCAAGGUGAGCAGCUCAGUGUCAGCCUCUUCACUGCGAACAGAAGUCCUACCUCGGAAUGCCUGUGGGGCAGGUCUCGGGGCUUUCCCAGGGACAGGAUAAAUCAAGGUGGAACAGAAAGUGAGUGGGAUUUAGGGAAAGUGGGAAUGCUUCCAAGACUGGGAGAAAGAAAGUUCGGAGAAGGGAGGAUCACAUGCAGGAUGAGAAGGAUGAUGGGGUUUGACUUGGGGACACUGGGAAGUGUUUGAGCUAUAGGUCAUCAAUGUCCUCUAGUCCAGACCACCAGACACAAACCUGUAGUCAAACACACUGGGUUUAUUACUCGUUGCAGUGGCAGAACACAUAUUAUGGGGAACCCUGGGGUGUCUCAGUAAAGGGUGUUAGAAAGAAUCUGCUGUGGAUUUGGGCCUUGGUUACAUUUGAGGAAGAUCUAAGGAAACGAAGAUUUUCUUUAGAUUGGGCGUUGGUUCAGGCCACACGGAGAUUUGUGGAAGAACGUUUCAGGCAGAAGGAAUGUGUGCAGAGGCGUAGAGGUGGGAGCAAGCUUGACACCUCCAGAUGACAAGAAAGAGGUCAGUAUAGCAAGAGAUGAGUCAGAUUAGAGGCAGGGUCUUCCAGGCCUCAUCUGCCCUAUUGGCCCUGGUGUGCAGUUUGCACUUUGUUCUAAGUGCAAUGGUAAGCUCUUGAGGGUCACAAACAUGCUAAUACAAGACCUGAUUUGCAGUCAGGCGCCGUG